AUGGCUAUUAAGGCAACUGUAAGUGUCAGGUCUGACCCUCAGUUGACCAYUACUGCUGAUGAAGAGGAGCCGAUCUCCUCGAAACAAUUGUCCAGAAAUUUACCGCUAGUUUGCGGAUACAAAGUUGUGAUCAACAAAGGAAUUUCGUUGGCCGUAAUGGGGCCAACAUUUGUAGACUUCAAGUAUCUAAUGCACACAUCAAUGAACAAUAUAUCAUUUUUGGCCAUUUUAGCUAAUAGUGGUCAUAUGUUUGGAUUUAUAUUUAGUUUUUUCUACAAAUACAUCGAUCGUCAAAUUGCUAUUAUAAUAUUAUUAGUAUUCAGUGGACUGGCAUUUAUUUUUAUGCCAUAUUCACCAAACYUGUGGUUACUUUACAUAUUAGUYUGGAUAUCCUUCUUUGGUCAGGGAGUGGCCGAUAUCGGCAACAAUGUGUGGCUCAUAGAGUUGUGGCAACAAAAGUGCGGACCGUUUCUUCAAAUGUCUGGCUUUGCCUACGGAAUCGGUAUUAUUAUUGGUCCACUUAUUGACAAACCAUACCUARCGGGUCAUUUGACUGCAAAUACAAGUACUAGUGUCACAGAUUGGUCACUGAUUGAUGAUAAUGAACGCAGGAGUCAAUUAAAGACUCCUUAUUAUAUCAGCGGAAUUCUUACAUUAAUUGGGGCUUUAAUGCUAUCAGUGAUGUUAAUAUACAAUAAAUAUCAAUACAAACAACAAAACAAUUACGAAGAUUUCGAAGACAACAAUAUGGCGACGACUAAGAAGAGAUAUUCUCUCUAUUUAUUUGUAUCACUAAACGGAUUAUUUCUGGCAUUUUAUAUGUCAACUGAGAUUCUAUAUCUUGAGUUUAUAUCAACAUAUCUACAAUACAUACCAUUGAAAUUGUCGGCCAAAAAGGCAGCAGAAAUAGCCUCGACGUCAGCUCUUUGCUAUACAAUGGGUCGCGGAAUCAGUGCUCUCAUAGCAAUCAAAGUAAAACCACAACAUUUGAUACAAAGUCACUUCUGUAUCAUAUUUAUUGCAAUGUUUGUCAUUAUAUUGGGUCAAAGCUCACAGACAUUUGUAUGGAUCGGCUGUUUGAGUGCCGGUAUUGGCUUUUCACCCAUAUAUGCGGCCACUUAUAGUCUAAUCAAACAACAUAUGGAAGUGAACGACAAAAUCGCCGGAUUCUUGUUGUUCGCUACCGAUUCCAUAAACAUAUGGAUUCCAUAUUUCUUAGGACUCUAUAUUGAGACCAUUCCCAACCUUUUCAUAUAUUUAAUUAUCUUCAAUGUCUCCAUAAGUGUUGUUAUAUUUGGUUUCAUUCUGUAA